AAUUCAGAGAUGAGACAGACAACAAUCCUGCUAUAUCUGUCAAUAGGUUCAAAUCUUCUUUACAGUAGGUUUACUUAGAAUUGUUUGGAUCCAGAAAACACACAUGUAAAUCUAGUCAUCAGAAAAUGUAUUUUAAUUGUUCAAAGACAGGAAGUAUAUCAGCAUUCACCAUAUUUUGACAAUUGAAUGCUAGCUAUGAUGCUAGAACUAAUGCAUCGCUCAGUCAUGACGCAAAAUAAUUUCAGUCUUCAGCUAACCACUUCUCAGUAAAGUUAGUUGCCUGAGCAACACUUUGAGUAUGAGUCUUCUACAGGAUAUCCUGCUUGGUGGUGUACAUAUCUGCAGCAUAGAUCAAGCUUUUGGGAGUAGUGGUACUCCUCUGUUCAAAAAAGAUAAUACAUUAAUGAUCUUGAAAAAGGGCAUGGAUUCCUCCAGCUUCCUGUAGUGUUCCAAGCAUUCAUGAUGCACAAGGGAUGUGCAGGUACAAAUGCAUGCCAUUUAGACUUAAAUCUGCACUCAGCUAUGCAGUAUAGUUUGGCCACAUCUACCCGCCCACACCCCUGCCAAAGACAUCUGUUGGAGAAAAAAAACCUGCAGAUAUAGGUUCCUUUGAUCACCCACCUUGUUAAGAGUCACUUCAGCCCCCAGAACUCCUGUCACACCACAGUGUCACACCCAGAGAGACAACUCAACCCAGUUUGACAGGAUGAAUACCACUGGAUAUCCUGUUCACACCACGGAAGGGGGGAACACCACAACCAUUCCCUUCAGCUCUGUGAGUGUUGAGAAUGGGAAUUCAUCCAGUUAUGCAUAUGAGAACUCAUACAGUUAUGCAUAUGGCACACAUUUUGCAGACGCAUUUGAAGUAACCACAUACGACUAUAGUGACUAUGACGAUGGCAUUUGCGAGUACAAGCCACAUGGAGCCAGCUUCCUGCCAGUGCUGUACUCUCUCUUCUUCAUCCUGGGGUUUCUGGGGAACGUUCUGGUCUUGUGGGUCAUCCUGCUGGGGGUGAAACUAUGCAGCAUGACCGAUGUGUGUCUCCUGAACCUGGCCUUGGCUGACCUGCUCCUGGUCUGCACCUUGCCUUUCCUGGCCCACCACGCUACAGAUCAGUGGGUGUUUGGUGACAUCAUGUGCAAAGUGGUCCUCAGCGCCUACCACAUUGGCUUCUACAGUGGCAUCUUCUUCAUCACCCUGAUGAGUGUGGACAGGUACCUGGCCAUAGUCCAUGCUGUGUACGCCAUGAGAGCCAGAACACGGAAGUACGGGGCCAUCGCUGCCGUCGUGACCUGGCUGGCUGGAUUCCUGGCCUCGUUUCCUGAGGCACUGUUUCUUAAAGUGGAGAAACACAACGAGAAAGAAAAUUGUCGCCCUGUCUAUGAUGGACACGCUUGGGGAAUUUUUGGCCUUUUCAAAAUGAACACACUUGGUCUGCUAAUCCCCCUCGUCAUCAUGGGGUUCUGCUACACACAGAUAGUGAAAAGGCUGCUCAGUUGUCCAUCCUCCAAAAAGCAGGCCAUCAGACUCAUUCUCAUUGUGGUUGUGGUGUUUUUCUGCUGCUGGACUCCGUACAACAUGACGGCAUUUUUCAAGGCCUUGGAGUUAAGUGAGGUCUACUCAAGCUGUGAGAGUAGCAAAGCCAUCAGACUCACUCUACAGAUCACAGAGGCCAUGGCCUACUCCCAUAGCUGGCUGAAUCCCAUCCUCUAUGUGUUUGUGGGGCAGAAGUUUAGAAGGCCUCUCAUAAGACUGAUUAACAAGGCUCCCUGCAGGAUGUGUCAGUUCAUGAAGAACUACCUGCCCUGGGACUUCAGAGCCUCGAGGACCGGAUCUGUCUACUCACAGACCACUAGCAUGGAUGAGAGGUCUACUGCCGUGUGAACAGAAACUUAACUGUAAAGACAAAUACAUCUAACAUCACAUGUACUGUUCAUUCCAAUACAUAUGUAAAUACCAAAUCCAGUUUCAAACGCAAUCAUCCGAAAAUAAUAGGCUUUGUUUCAGGUGCAUGGCGAAGUCAGGAAAUUGUCACUCAUCUCAGAGUUUCACACCAGGGGGUUGAUUUUUACAGAAAUCAACCCAAUCAAUAUAAAUUCCACAAACCAUUUCAUUUCCCUUUGUAUAGUAUUUUCUCUAGUACAGUAUAUCUAUUUGAAAAUCUUUGGCACAUUUUGCAAAGUCAUCAUUUUCUUUUAAAAUGUAUUGUAUCUCUGCUAGCACACGUUUACUAUGUAAAUACAGUGAUACUUUUUGAUUCUAUGUAAAUAAAUGUAUUACAGUAACUUCA